AUGCAUGCCAGCUUCUUCUACUACUCGCAGCGCAUCACUCACAGCUACAUCCACAAGUACUAAACCAAUCUCUGCCAGCAGUAGCUCUCAGCUAUGGCUGAUCCCAGCAAGCUGCAAAUCACACCCUGUGGCAUGCUUGUUCAGGGCAACCAGAUCAACUUCACCAAACUCUACCUGCACCACACGCCGGCUGGUCCAGAACAAAACCAGUCGGCGGUCACAAGCAAUGACAAAAAAACCGGGUUGGGUUGCAUUGUCGUUAACAACUGGUCAGUAUAUGACGGAAUCGGCAGCGACGCCAAGCUUGUUGCCUAUGCAAAAGGCCUCCACGUUUUUGCGGGUGCCUGGCACAACUCCUUCAGCCUAGUGUUCGAGGAUGAAAGGCUUAAGGGGUCCACGCUUCAGGUGAUGGGGCUAAUUGUCGAAGAAGGUGAUUGGGCUAUUGUUGGGGGCACAGGACAGUUUGCUAUGGCAACUGGUGUUAUCUUGAAGAAAAUGCAAGAACAAAAACAAUACGGAAACAUAAUAGAGCUCACUAUCCAUGGGUUUUGUCCUCUCUUAAAAGGGUCACAGUGCCCUGUCACCAAGAUUGGGCCAUGGGGUUCAUCUCAUGAAGGGACAGUUCAAGACAUCACUGAGUCUCCAAAGCGUCUCGAAAGCAUCACAUUAUACCACGGCUGGUCUGUUGACUCAAUCUCGUUUACUUACCUUGACCAUGCCGGAGAGAAGCACAAGGCAGGUCCAUGGGGUGGUCCUGGCGGGGAUCCCAUAAUGAUUGAAUUUGGCAGUUCAGAGUUUCUCAAGGAAGUUUCUGGAACGUUUGGCCCAUAUGAGGGCAGCACCGUUAUAACAUCUAUUAAUUUUAUCACCAAUAAGCAAACAUAUGGCCCAUUUGGACGACAGGAGGGAACCCCUUUCAGUGUCCCAGCGCAGAAUAACUCCAGUAUAGUGGGUUUCUUUGGGCGCAGUGGGAAAUACAUAAAUGCAGUUGGUGUCUACGUGCAGCCGAUCUAACUUGUCAAAAUAAGUAUUCCGUGUUUGAGUUUCACGUGUGUUUUCUGCAGUAAACAAAUAAGAUGGGGGUCCUCCCUAUCAUUCCUGUUGUGAUGAGUGAUGCUUGGUCGCUGGAGUCCUUCUGAAUUUACAGUCGUGUCCUAUCAGUUGUUUCUGUCUGUAGUGUGUUGCAUGCAUCAAUAAAGAUCUUCAUUGAAGGUUGGUUGUGUGAA